UCUCUCCCUCGUCACCUUUUCCCCAUUGUUUCUCUUUUGUUUCUUCCCCACCGCCUCAUCGGCCUCUCUCUCUCUCUCUCUCUCUCUCUCUCUCUCCGUGCCCGAACGGAGACCAAAGACGCAGACACACCAUCAAGAUCGAGAUCGAGAUCGAGAUCUAGGUUUCUUCGUGCGAUGGCGAAGAGGAGGAAGCAAUGCCUUGUAGGCGCCGCCGUCCCCCGUCUUCUCCACCUCGUGAUGUUGCUCGUUGCGUUGGAUCUGGUGCGGCGAUGCCGCGCGGCCUCGCCCUCCUCCUCCUCCUCGCCGGACGCCAAGGCCAUGUCGGACCUGGCGCGCGCCCUCUCGGGGUUGCCCUCCAGCUGGAAGACCGGCUCUGACCCUUGUGACCCCGAGUGGGACGGCGUCACCUGCUCCGCCGGCCGCGUCUCCAGCAUCAACCUCGCCUCGCGCGGCGUCUCCGGCACCCUUCCAGACUCCCUCAACGCUCUGACCUCCCUUGCCUCCCUCCAGCUCCAGCGCAACCGCCUGUCCGGCCCCCUUCCCCUCCUCCCCGACCUCGCCUCCCUUCAGUCCCUCUUCCUUGACGGAAACGCCUUCGACUUACUCCCCAACACCUUCUUCGCCGGCCUCUCCGCCCUCCAGGAGAUCUCCCUUGACGACCUCCCCCUCGCCCCCUGGAACCUUUCCCAGGAUCUCGCCGCCGCCGUCGGCCUCUCCAAGCUCUCCGCCUCCAACGCCUCCCUCUCGGGGACCCUCCCCGACUUCCUCGGCUCCCUCCCCAACCUCAACGUCCUCCGCCUCUCCUACAACCAGCUCACCGGCCCCCUCCCGUCCUCCCUCGCCGGCUCCAGCGUGCAGCAGCUACUCCUCAACAACCAGCAGUCCCGCGACAAGCUCUCCGGCCGCAUCGACGUCCUCUCCGCCAUGCCGCAGCUCACCAUGGUCUGGCUUCAGUCCAACAGCUUCACGGGGCCUAUCCCGGACCUCUCCAACCUCACCGCCCUCGAGUCCUUCAAUGUCCGCGACAACGCCCUAACCGGCGUCGUCCCGCCAUCCCUCACCGCCUGUCCCACCCUCAGGAACGCCACCCUCUCGAACAACCUGCUCCAGGGGCCCUUCCCGCAGUUCUCGAGCAAAUCCGUCACCCUGGACAUCGACAAGGGCAACCAGUUCUGCAACUCCGGCGACAGCCCGUGCGACCCUCGUGUCACGGCGCUGCUUGCGGUCGCCGAGGGGUUCGGGUACCCUGCCGUGCUCGCUAAGUCAUGGAAGGGGAACGACCCAUGCGCCAGCUGGCUGGGCGUCACCUGCAACGCGCAGAAGGACAUCAUCGUCCUCAAUUUCGGGAGCCAGCACUUUGGCGGUGUCAUCUCGCCGGCCUUUGCUAGCUUCACCGCUCUGCGUCAGCUGUAUCUAAGCAACAACGGCCUCACCGGCUUAAUUCCAGACAGCUUGACGCAGCUCCCGCAGCUCCAGUUGCUGGAUGUCAGCAAUAACAGCCUCUCAGGAAAGAUACCGGCAUUUUCCAGCUCCGUCACGCUCAAGCUGGAUGGCAACACCAAGCUAGGAAGUGACUCAGACUCGAGCGGCGGAAGCUCUUCUUCUCCUUCAAGCGGGAUGCCUGGUUCUACAUCCGGCAGCAGUGGUAACUCCGGUGGAUCGAAGUCGUCAUCAGCAGCCAUGAUUGCUGGCAUAAUCGUGGCAGUGGUGGUUCUCGUUGGUUGUUCAGUGGCAUUGUUUAUGCAUUAUCAUAAAAAGAAACAGGAAAAGAAAUUUGGCCGUGUUCCGAUGGGAACCCCUCCAAACGAGCCAGAGAUAGUUAGUAUAGGGGUGGGUGGUAUGAACGGCAAUGGUGGAGGCUUGGGGAUGCUUUACAGCCAAAGCAGCACCGGGAGCACUGGCUCCUACAUGGUUGAAGCUCAAGGAAUGCACAUAUCAAUCCAAUCCCUUCGAAGGGCUACUAAUAAUUUCAGCGAAGAUAAUGUGUUGGGCAGGGGUGGGUUUGGUAUUGUAUACAAAGGGGAUCAUAAUGGGACUCUGAUUGCUGUGAAGAGAAACCAGUGUGAUUUAAUGGGUAAGAAGGGGCAGGAGGAGUUCAAAGCAGAGAUUGAUGUUCUUAAGAAGGUUAAGCAUCGGAACUUGGUCACACUUCUUGGCUACUGUGAUGAUGCUCAAGAGAGGCUUUUGGUGUAUGAAUACAUGUCUGGGGGUACACUGGGGGAUCACUUGUUUGAAUGGCAGAGCAGACACGAACCACCACUUACUUGGAAGCAGCGGCUGACGAUUGCUCUCGAUGUUGCUAGAGCGAUCGAGUACUUGCAUAGUUUGGCUCAAGAAAGUUUCAUUCACAGAGAUCUGAAGCCCUCUAACAUACUCUUGGACAAGGACUUGAGGGCCAAGGUUUCUGAUUUUGGGUUGGUCAAGCUUGCGGAUGACAAUCAGAAGUCCAUGAUGACACGAUUAGCAGGGACAUUUGGGUAUCUUGCUCCUGAGUAUGCUACUACUGGAAAGGUGUCGACCAAGGUUGAUGUUUAUGCAUUUGGUGUGAUAUUGAUGGAGCUAAUUACUGGGAGAAAAGUACUAGAUGAGUCGCUCCCACCUGAAGAUAGCCAUCUGGUGGCAUUAUUCCGUAGGGGAUUUUCCCAUGAAAAGAACAAAUUUUUGAACGCCAUGGUGGAUCAAAUUCUUGAGCUUGAUGAAGAAGCUCAUCAGAGCUUGGCGGAAGUUGCAGACCUAGCUUGGCACUGUACAGCCCGUGAACCUUAUCAGAGGCCUGACAUGAGCCAUGCAGUCAAUAGGGUAGCUCCCCUAGUUGAACAGUGGAGGCCCACCAACUGUGCCAUUGAAGAUGAUGGUGAGCCGAGUUUGAGUCUGACCGAAAGACUCAAGAGAUGGCGAUACGAUAACACCAAUUCAACAACAGAGUCAUUCGAUUAUACUUCAAGUGAUGUCUGAUCAGGAAUUGUGUUUAUGAUCCUUUUAAUGGCUUCUGCAACGUUCUGACUCCUAUUGUUGAGCUAUGGGAGGAAAAGAACCAUUGCUGUGUGUGGUGGGCAGCUUGUUCAUGGUAGUGGAUGGAGGUGCAUGAUAGUCUCUCGGUCUCACUCUGGAAGUCAUGGUAAACUGCGACGGUGCAUCAACCCAAUUCUAUUUGGGUUUGAUACUGAAACCUGCUUCGAUUUCAAGUGAUUGAGGAUUAAAAUUAAGUAGUAUCUUUUCAUUUCUCUUAAAUAUUUCUUUGUUUCUUUCAAUAUUUGGUUGGUUUGGUUUUCUCCUUGGAUCAUAAGACAGCUGUACAUUGUAAUGCUUAGCAACAUAUCAGAAAUCUGGCAUUUGAGUACAUGACAAUGUAAUAGAGGAAGAGGUUGUUAAGGUUGGCCGAGUCGGUGAGGGAAAAAAAAUAUAUGUGAUUUACCAGUUUUCUUGUA